AAAAAUAUAAAGAAAAUUGGAACAAAUAUGCGCGAGUACAACAAAAUGAUGGACAAAAAUUAUACUGCCUAACAUUAAUUGGUGAACAAAUAAGUCGAAUAACGGAAGAUCUCACCCAAUUCGACAAAUUCGAAUACAUAAUUGUAGAAGGGGAAAAACCCAGAUUGAAAACCAAAAUAAUGCGACUCCGAAUGGCAGAAUGGUUGAGUUCCACAUUCUCAACAAAUCCUGAAUUUCUUUUUACUGUACCCAGGGGAACCUUUUUAAAACUGGGACGUCUCGACUACGAAGAAUUACAGCAGCUAAUUAAUAAAAUAGAAGAAUGGUGGAAUUAG